AUGCAACCAGGGCCCAGGACAACCACUUUGGGAUCGACGAUGGCCGUAAAUGGUCGUAAAUCAUUACAACCAUUAAAAUCCGCUAUUAAUCGACGAAAACAGAUCGAUAAUGUUGUACAUGAAGACGAAGAAGAUAAUUAUUUAAAUAUUGACAAAAAACAACCGCCUAAGAGUUAUUUAGUCAAACUUAUUAAAGGAUCACGUUCGAAUGGCAUUUUAAAUUUAGCAUCUAGAAGUUUAACAGAUGUUCCAGAAGAAAUAUUUCUUGAUGAAAUUGCAGAUGAUGAAAAUAGAAAUCAGCAUAGUCAUACACCAGAUUUUUCAAAACAAGAUAAUGAUAGAGAAGCCUGGUGGAAUAGAAUGCCAUUAAAAUCUCUUGAUCUUUCGUCUAAUUUAUUAAAAACAUUACCAGAUUCAAUUGGUGAUUUAUCCUAUUUAGUCGUAUUGAAUCUGCAAAACAAUCAACUGGAAAAAAUUCCAGAUACAAUACGAACAUUGCUUGAAUUAGAAAAACUCAUAUUGAGUCAAAACAAUUUAUCUGUGUUACCUGAUGGUUUAUUUUAUAUAUCCUCGUUACUUACAUUAAAUCUUUCUGGAAAUCAUUUACAAAAAUUAUCAAAUAAAAUCGGUGAUCUUUCAUAUCUCCAAGAACUUGAUUUAUCUCAAAAUGAAUUUGAAUCAUUUCCAAAACAAAUUGGUUAUUUAACAAAGUUAACAAAAUUAAAUGUAUCAAAAAAUCGUUUAAAUUCUAUACCAAAUGAAAUUGGUGCAUUAUAUAAUCUUCGAUCAUUUGAGAUAAAUCACAAUCAAAUAACACAAUUGCCAAUUAGUUUUGGAGAUUUAAUUAAUUUAGAAGAAUUUUAUUGCAAUUCAAAUCGUUUAUCACAAUUUCCAUGUUUUGCUCAAUGUGCAAAAUUAAAAGAAAUACAUUUGGCUGAUAAUCAAUUAACACAAAUUGAUAAUGUACAAUUGGAACCAUUAUUAUCAUUGAUAAGUUUGAAUAUACGAGGAAAUAAAAUAAGUAUCUUACCAGAACAAAUAUGUUUACUACCGAAUUUAGAAAGAUUAGAUGUAACAAAUAAUAAUUUGGCCGAUUUACCAUCACAAAUAGCAUUAAAUAAAAAAAUGAAAUGUAUCAGUAUUAUUGGAAAUCCAUUAAAUAAAAUUAGAAAAGAUAUUAUGCGUUUGGGCACAGAUGCUAUUAUGAAAUAUCUUCGAAAUCGUAUAGCAGAUGAUGAUGAUAAUAAUGAGAGAAAUAAAGUUGCAUCGAAUAAUGAAACAGAAGAAGAGAAAAAACGUCGUUUAUAUACUGAACAGCAUGUGGUUAGAUCAACAGGAACAUUUGAUUUCAGAUUAAUUCAAUUGAAUGAUUGUUUAUUGCAUUUGGAUCUUUCAAAUAACAUUAUUCAAAAUUUGAAUCCUGAGGUUGGUCGGUUGAAAGAAUUACGUUAUUUAGAUUUAAGCAACAAUCGUCUCAGUGAUCUUCCAAAUGAAUUGAAAGGAUUAGAACAAUUACAAGUUAUCAAUCUUGCUAUGAAUAAAUUUCAACGUUUACCAAUUGUUUUGUAUGAAUUAAAACAGAUCCAAGAUAUUCUUGCCAAUGAUAAUCAAUUGACUGAAUUAGAUGCAAAUGGUCUGUUAAAAUUAUCGUCAACUUUGUGUAUAUUGAAUAUAAGAAAUAAUAAUAUUCAAAAAUUACCGAAUGAAUUAAGUAAAUGUCAGAUGUUAAAAUCAUUAGAUUGUGUUGGAAAUUCAUUUAAAUUACCUCGACCGGCCACGAUUGCCAAAGGUACUCAAGCUAUUUUAGAAUAUUUACGUAAUCAAUUAAUCGAAUAA